AAAACCUGUAGGCUACAAGUCUUGUUUGUCAAACCAAGGAGCAGAAUUCACAGAUCACUGCACAAGAGAAAACUAUACCAAUUUUGAGAGAGAGCCAACGAGGAAAAAUCAAACUUACACGCGUGAUGCCCACGCUUGGAUCUUUAGCAUUUGAUGACUUUAUGCAAAUUUGCCUUUUGUGAUGUGAUCAGUUCAUUCAUUGAUUCAUUCAUUCAUUUGAAGCUUUUAACGUGAAAAGCGGCUGGUCUGUUUGAAAGCAGAAAAUUUUUUCUCCCUUCACAAAUCUCAAGGUGCUCGCUCAAUCGCUAGACUCUGUUGCGAGAUGUUUUUUGACGAGAGACUACGUGGACCUCAACCUAUAGAUUCCUCUGCUCAUCAAGAUCUCAUCGCCGCAGAAGACCUUUACAGCCCGGCUUUUCCGAUCGACGACUUGUGGAAGAAAUUCACGCUUCCAACGCCACCCUAUUCUCCAGAGAACUACUUACCCCAGACUAAGCGCAACUUUGUUAUUCCACCAAGAAGGAAUGGCCUUCAAGUCGUUCCCGAACCGGAAGAUCUGUCGUCGGACCUACCCUUGGUUUUGUCCGACGCAGAGAUGGAACGCCUGACCUGUAGCACAAUAGAUGACGAAUAUAUUUGGCCGGCUGGUGAGAACGACUUCGAUAGAGUUGAAUCGCAGAGGUUUCAGGGGAAUCGAGUAGUUCAUUCGGCGGCAUGCGUCAACGAACCAAGCGCUGAAAUGGCGACUGAACAUCAAAUGAUGCGAGAUUUGUCUCCAUUUGUCACUGCGAUUCCAAGUCAAGAUUCCGCGCUUGGUCUACCGCAGGUUGAGAGAUGGCACUCGCAGUUCUCUGUGGAAAAUCCGGCAUUGAGACUAAAUCAACCCCCAAGCGAGGAAUUUGUAACUCAUCGGCUCGACUGCACGGUAUCGAAGAAACCGCGCAAAUCUCGAAGAUCAAGUCGCCAAGAUUCACCGCCAAUGGAGGGCGAUGACUCUGAAGACAACGAAACAAGCAGAGCAACUCAUAAUGUCUUAGAACGACAGAGAAGGGAGGAUUUAAAGUGUCGUUUUCAAUUUCUUAGGGACAGCAUACCAGAGCUCGAAGAUAAUGAUAGAGCAUCUAAAGUUUUAAUCUUAAAAAAAGCGCGGGAAUACGUACAUCAGUUAUUCUUAGAAGAGGAACGUUUACUUGCUGAUAAAGAGUUAGAGCGGCAGAGGAGACUGAUUCUCCUUGACCGCCUUACUUGUUUACGGCAAGGUUAUGGUGUAAUGUAGAGGAUUUCAAGGUUAACUUCUGUUAACUGUAAACUUUAGGCCACAGUUUUUUUUUAAGAAGAAUUAUUCUACAAGUCGAGGAAAAAAAAUCGCAUUUUGUUCAUUCAUGAAAUAGGAUUUUUGUAUGCUACAGUUUAAUGUUGCCAUUUGCCGUGCAACGGAUGUCAAAAGUUAAUACUCAGAUUAAUUCGCGUUUUAUAACUACAGAAUUAACUUGAUUGAUAUAAAUAUAUUAUAUAGCCAUUCACAGCCAAGGUAUUAAAUUAUUAAGCAGGAGUAGAAUUCUGGGGUUAAAAUAUCUCUAGUCUUUGAUACUCUUGCAGAGGCAAAUCCAAACUCGAACAUUAUAACAUUUCAAUCGAUAAAACGGUUUCAAACUUCACCUCUAAGUCAAUUUUUAAAUUAAAUUGUGUAACUUUGUUUUCCAUUUUUGCUAGUCAACGUAUUACUCAAAGUAAUUUUUCACAUAAAAAUUUCCAGUAAAUUUAAGAGACUCUGAUUUUACAGCAAAGUCAUCUUAGAAACUGAACUUGAUAUCUCAGGAUAUUUUGUUUUCAAGUAAAAUCUGCAACGAGUAUAAACUGAAAAAAAAAUACAAACAGAACACAAACAGUCGUUCGUUUUUCAAGCAACAUAUCCUAACAUGGAAAAUUCAGGAACGGCGCGGAUCAUAAACAUAAGUUUCUCCGUCAAUAUCUGAAGUUUAGCCAUGUUAAAACUUCUGUGAGAAAGCUUUCGUUUUUGCUCGCAAUCAAAUGCCACGUAAAUUCAGUUUUGAGAAGUUCUAAAAGAGUUUCUCCAUAUUUGUACAAAGGAAUUACGACAAACUAUUGCUGUGAACAGCGAAAAAUGUAUGAAGAUAUUUUUUGUCGAAGUCAGUGGUGGUUAGUUUCAUGUCUCACGGAGGUUUCAGGUUAUUCAGCUUAACUAGCAUGUAAUCUGUACAUGAAACAAUUUUUGUAAUGAAAACGUUUAUGCCUUGAAAAAUAAAUAGGCUUGGAAA